AUGAACUGGCUCAAGUCUACGUAUGCUUUCUCCUUUCACUGCACCUUUAUCCCUUCUUAUAAUUUCCUUCAAUUAACCGCAUGUAGUCUCGCAAGCGUUGCUGGAACGCAGGAACCCAUCUAUGGCCCCGAAGCCAUCCGGUCCGUUGCACAGCAAGCACAGGAGUCGCCCUACACUGUCCUGACCAAAGACGACCUGCGGUGGCGCGCCCACCAGUAUACCAAUGUCGAAACCAAGACAUUCUAUAUCAUGGCCGACAAUGGCGCGCUCGUGAUGGUACAAAUUAUCUACAGCAACAUUGUUGGAAUCCAUACCACCGCACAGGUCACGUCUAAGAUCUUCAACCUCACCGGAGAUGGACCGCACAAGUGGAACUCUGAUCCCCUGUCCAACUUCAUGUUCGACGAGAGCAUGCUUUCGUUCGGAGCCGACAACCUUUCUCUGACCCUUAAUGAGGAGGGUGAUACCUACACCUUCAAGUCCGCCGUGAACGAAGACAACCUAGUGAACCUGUCCUUCAAACGCACAUCUCCGGGAUUCGUCGUCGGUAAGGAUGGUACCAGCUAUUUCGGUACUGACCCUCAGAACCCGUGGGGGUCGAUGAGCCACGCGUUCUGGCCUCGUUGCGCCGUAGAGGGAACCAUUACGACCAAGGAGAAGACCUAUGAUCUCGGUGGCCGAGGCAUGUUCAUUCAUGCCCUUCAGGGCAUGAAGCCUCAUCAUGCUGCCGCGCGCUGGAACUUUGUUAACUUCCAGACCCCCACCUACACGGCUGUCAUGAUGGAAUACACCACCCCACCAUCCUACGGGUCGACCGUGGUGAACGUCGGUGGUAUCGUCAAAGAUGGAGAGAUUGUUUAUGCCGGUAGCACCAAUACUGCCACCCACACAGAGUCCGCUCAAGAUCCCGAGAGUGACUGGCCUGAGCCCAAGUCCAUCAAGUGGGCGUGGGAAGGUAAAACACAGGAUGGCAAAGACGUCCAGGCUGAAUUACAUGGUCCCCUUGGUAACAGACUGGAUCGUAUUGACGUUAUGGCCGAAGUUCCUGGCUUCAUCAAGACCAUCGCCGGUAGUGUUGCCGGGACCCGUCCAUAUAUCUUCCAGUUUGCGCCUCAAGAGAAGCUUUCCCUGAAGGUAAAGAUUGGGGAUGAAGAAAUUUCAGAGGAAGGAUCCAUGUUCUCUGAGGCGACUUUCAUCUCCUGA